AUGUCGUACCUGAAGCAGCCGCACUUUGGGGGCGUCCCCGGGCUGGGCCUGGAGCUGCUGCCCCCCCCCGUGGGGUACCCGGGCACCCCCCGCAAGCAGCGCCGGGAGCGCACGACGUUCACCCGGGCACAGCUGGACGUGCUGGAGGCGCUGUUCGCCAAAACCCGGUACCCGGACAUCUUCAUGCGCGAGGAGGUGGCGCUCAAAAUCAACUUACCUGAGUCACGGGUGCAGGUGUGGUUCAAGAACCGCCGCGCCAAGUGCCGCCAGCAGCAGCAGCAGCAGCAGCAGCAAACCCAGGGCGGCUCGGGCCCCCCCAAGCCUCGCCCACCCCCCAAAAAGAAACCCUCCCCCCCCCAGGACCCCCCGCCCCUCCCCCGUUCGCCCCCCAGACCCCGCCCCCGCCCCCGCCCCCCCCCCGUGUCCAUCUGGAGCCCCGCCCUGUCCCCGCCCCCCCCGCUCUGUGACCCCUCCUCCUGCGGGGUGGGGUCCCCGCCCCCCCCUUUCCGCCCCUUCCCCCCCUCGGGGGGCUUCGCCCAGGGGGGGUUCCCCGCCUACUUCGGGUGCUGGAGCGGGUAG